AGGAGGAGGAGGAGGAGGAGGAUAUACAGUUCAAAGUGAAAGUCGUUCAGUUCAAAGUGAAAGUCGUUUGUUUCUUUUCUUUUUUCUAUUUUUUUCUUCUAAUUGUAUUCAUUUAUUAUGGAGAUAGAGGAAUGGCGAAUUUAUUUUAGUUUUAUUUUAUUUCUCUUUUCAUCCCACGAUGCUGUUGCUGGUGUUGAUGUUGUCACAGUAUCAGUGAAUGAGGGAGAAUCAGUCACUCUACACAGUGAUGUUAAAACAAACCAAGAAGAAGAUAUUAAAUGGUAUUUUAAUGACAUUCGAAUAGCUGAAAUCAGUGGAGAUCUCAGUUUUAUCUGUACAGAUGUUCAGUGUAAUGAAGGGACUGAGAGAUUCAGAGACAGACUGAAGCUGGAUCUUCAGAAUGGAUCUCUGACCAUCAUGAACAUCACAAUCACAGACUCUGGACUUUACAAAUUAAAGAUCUUCAGCAGCAACAGCAGUAUCAGUGAAAAUACCUUCAAUCUUACUGUUCAUGGUGUUCCUGUUUCUGAAAAAGAUAAAAAUUCAGUGAAGGAGGGAGAAUCUGUCUCUUUAGAUCCUGGUGUUGUAAGACAACCAAAUGAUGUGAUGGUGUGGUAUUAUAAAGACAUUCGCAUCGCUGAAAUCACUGGAUAUCUGAGUAAUGUCUGUAAAGGUGAGUGUACAGAGAGAUUCAGAGACAGACUGAAGCUGGAUCAUCAGACUGGAUCUCUGACCAUCGUGAACAUCACAAACACAGACGCAGGAGUUUUUAAACUACAGAUCAACAGAAAUGCUCGUCGCAGCAACCAUGCUUUCAGUGAGAAGAGCUUUGUUGUUAACGUUGCUGUUAAUGUUCCAGUUUCAGGUCGGUCUUCAGCUUUUUCAGCAGGAAUAGCUGUUACUGUCAUUCUGCUUUUAGCUGUGUGUGCUGCGGUUGUGAUUUACUAUCGCAAGCAUCAAGAGAGAAGAGAAGACAUCGGGAUGCAGAACAUUGGUCCGGUGAAUCAGAAUGAUGCUCCAGUGAAUCAAGAGUCCUUACUGUAGGAGACUGCCACAUACUGUUGAACAUGGAUGAAACAUCCUUUAAUCAGACUCUGGCUGAUUAUCAUUACAUCAUUUAUUACACUGAUACUUUAAAAGGACAGUGUAGAGGCAGUGGAAAAUUGAGAAAAAAAGCAUCAGUUGAAACCAGAGGUGGAUGAGAGUAUCAUUCACUGUGAAGUUUACACUGUGAUGUAUCUGAGAGAAGAACAUUAUGGUUAUAUAUGACAUGAGAAUAAUUUAUGAAGAAUAUAUAUAUA